UUUAGAGGGGUACACGAUAUACUGAAACGUGUGCGCCUGGUGCUAGCCUCUUGCCCAGUCUAUCGUGGCGGGAUGUUAACUUCCAUCUUGGAUCGCGAUCGUCGUCCAGAAGCCGGCUUUCGUUAAAUAAAAACGCGAUCCGCGCGCACGUAAACGUUAGUUUUAGUUCAAAUGAUUCGCGAGAAACGUGUUUUUUGAUCGUAUUUGUGAACCGCCCGAGAUGAACUAGUGACGGCUGAUUCCAUUCGUUUAGUCAAAGCUUAUGAUCUGCGAUUUGUGAGCAGCGCCCGUAACAGCGCCCUAUUAGCUAAAGCAACUAUGGCAGUACCAAGCAGAUCACGCGUUUACACCGACGUUAAUUCCCUCAAACCCAGAGAAUAUUGGGAUUACGAGAGUUACGUAGUCGAUUGGGGCCAGCAAGACGACUAUCAGCUGGUUCGGAAACUUGGUCGUGGAAAAUAUAGUGAGGUCUUUGAGGCCAUUAAUGUUACAAAUAACGAAAAAUGUGUAGUUAAAAUAUUAAAGCCUGUAAAAAAGAAGAAAAUCAAACGUGAAAUAAAGAUAUUAGAAAACCUUAGGGGCGGUACAAAUAUAAUAUCAUUACAAGCGGUGGUAAAAGAUCCGGUUUCGCGAACUCCAGCGCUAAUAUUCGAGCACGUCAACAAUACGGACUUCAAGCAGCUUUACCAGACGCUGACCGAUUACGAUAUUCGUUACUAUUUGUACGAAUUGCUCAAGGCGCUUGACUAUUGCCAUAGCAUGGGCAUUAUGCAUAGGGACGUCAAGCCCCAUAACGUAAUGAUUGAUCAUGAAAAUAGGAAAUUGCGACUAAUCGAUUGGGGAUUGGCCGAGUUUUAUCACCCCGGCCAAGAAUACAAUGUGCGCGUCGCCUCUAGGUAUUUUAAAGGUCCCGAACUGCUCGUCGAUUACCAGAUGUACGACUACUCGCUGGACAUGUGGUCGCUGGGAUGCAUGCUGGCUUCUAUGAUCUUUAGGAAGGAACCAUUCUUUCAUGGUCACGAUAAUUACGAUCAGCUUGUCCGUAUUGCUAAAGUUUUAGGAACCGAAGAGCUAUUCGAAUAUUUGGAUAAAUAUCAUAUAGAAUUAGAUCCUAGAUUCAAUGAUAUUCUAGGAAGGCAUUCCCGAAAACGAUGGGAGAGAUUUGUGCACAGCGAAAAUCAACACUUAGUCUCACCGGAAGCGUUAGAUUUCCUUGAUAAGCUAUUGCGCUACGACCACCUGGAACGUUUAACUGCCCGCGACGCUAUGGAUCAUUCUUACUUCUAUCCAGUACUAAAGGAUCAUAGUAGGAUGAACACAGUAACAUCGUCCCCUACUCCACUUACAGGCAAUAUGUCUGUUGUAGGAGUAGGUGAGUAGCUACCAGAUGAUGCGGCAUCCCCACUCGGAUCGCCGUCGGACGUUCAGGACUCCCCGAAUCUACUGGGUCUGCGAAAAACGUCGGCAUUUUUCAUAAAUCUAGACUCUUCGACUACACCGACCCCCACAUAAAAAGAAAAAAAUUAAUAAAUCCGGAUUUAAAAAAUUAGAGAAAUAAAUCAAGAAUAAAAUCAGAAUACCUAAUUAUAUAUUAACUGGAGAAUCCAAUUAAUAUAUAAUAAACUCAAACUCUCGUUAAAACAAACUUAUUAUAACAAUUUCCCUUCUCCCACGUUUUCAAAAGAUAUAAUAAAAAAACUUUGUCACGACAAGGAACCGAAUAACAAAAUGUAACAACAUUCCUGUUUUCUCUUUGGGUGUUAACGAAUUUUUCAGGAAAAAAAUUCGAAAAUAUUGCUGAAUAUAUGUAUUAGGCGAAGUUUUGUAGCAACGUUAAAAAAAUAAAUAAAUGAUUUAAUAACACCUAA